CCUGGACCCAUAUUCUUGCAAGAGGUGUGAUGAAGAAUGGAUCGUUAGUCACUGUUGGCACGAUGCUGCGCCCUGCCAAACCCGUAUGGGACGUGCGGUGCGGUAAUGCCUGUGGUCGUCCCUGUGUAUUUCUGGCUUAUAUAGCUGCAACUGCGUGGACGCACGACGGAGAGCAUGGAGGCGCUGGUGGCACGCAUGGCGCGGUCGGCUGUUUGGCAGCGCGUGCUGUUUGCCGGUGGUGCGGAGGUGCGGCUGGAGGAAGGCACCAUCACGGUGACAAUGGGGACUUCCCUUGCGGUGCCAGCGGAGGACGCGGCGUCGGAGGGCUUGCUGCAGGACGUGCAGGCGGCCCUGUUUCGCCAGCCCGGGGCACGUGGAGAGCUGGAGGUCGGCGGCAUGUUGAAUGGGAGCCUGAGUGGGACGCUGUUCAGUACUCCGGAAGGGAGAGUGCGCAGGUGCGGUGCGUGCGGCAAGCUGGGAGGCGCGCCAGGAACGCAGUGUACGGCAUGUGGAGGGGGUGAUUUCGGCGACGUGCUAACGGGGUAUGCCGUAGGGCUGUGCCGGCCGCGGGCAAGCUUCGACAUGAUAGGGGUACAAGUCCGUGGUGAUGCCCUGGCGAGCAUGGGGCUGGACAGCACGGGAGCGGGGAGUGGCGUCGCGGUGGAGGUGCGAGGAACGUUCCGGAUUGAGGGC